AUGGGUGAGAUUCAACAAACACCUUUACCUCUUCAAGUUCCUCAAUGGCCCGUGAUUCCUUACGACGUCUUCAUCGAGAUAUGCUCCUUCCUGACCAUUCACGAAAUCUCUGUGCUGGCGUUGAUCAGCAGGAUGUGGAACGAGGCAGCGACGAUCGCGCUCUACGAGCACAUAGACCUCUUCCAGCCGCGUGCAAUAUGGUGUUGCGUCAAAACCCUAUCGCUACCUCCGGAAACGACGUCCUUCGCACGCGACCUUGCGGUCUUCCCCCGAUCCAUUCAUAUCCGACGCCCUCUAUUCAUCUCUGUCACCCUAGAAAGUGAGACGGCUCUGGGCGAGAUGAUGCAACAGUUGCUUCCUCGCUUGAUCAACCUCCACUCGUUUUCCUGCGACCUCUCCUUACCAAAUGUCCCGCGGAUUCUCUUACGGACCACGGAGAGCCGCAGGGUGCCCCUUCGCACGUUAGACCUGCUCAUAGCCGAGGACUACCGGCCAUUUGAUCAGGUCAGCGAAGACGAUUUCGGCCUGAAGGACGUCCCUCUCGACCAUUGGCCUGCUCUAUCAUCCCUCGGGGUUCACAUCUACUCCAACAGCAACGCCCCCUAUGACGAAUUUUUCAAACAUACGGUAUUGCACUCUCAACACCACCUUCGAGCUCUAUCGCUCUCCGUCAGACCUGAACUGUUGGUGACGGUUUGGGACGUUCUCAGCCGUAUACCCGUGUUCAGGUGUCUAGAGAAACUUCAAACCUCGCUCCCCGUGAAGUUCCUGUUGCUCCCCUGCUUUACUCAGGCACCCCGCCUAAAGUCGCUUAACAUUCACUACUUCGGCUCGACGACGGCGUGGCCCCCUUUUCAAGAAACCGACUAUCGCGCUUUGGAGCCGCAGCUAGCGUACCUCGAGAGCCUCGACCUGCUCAUCGAAUACUCGGGGCUCCCUGACCUCGACCCGCUGAAUCUCGGCACAAGGCUCAUUGCACACCUUCCCCGCCUUCAUACCUUCCUCCUUUCGGAUGGCCCGCUGAAAUUGUGCGGGGGGUUUCGACACGCGUUCCCGUGGGCCGGAGACGAAGCACUGCAGCGGCAGGUGCUCGCGGACUUCGACAGACGAUCCUCGGUCCUGCGGCGCGUUGCGUUCACGACCGAGUUCGAGUGGGAGAAACGGGCCGACGGACAGUGGCACGCCUGGGGACAUGUCGUCCCCGAACGUCCGUUAUUACCGCUUGGCCGGUACAAGGAGAGGGUCGGGCUCGACGAGUAG